GUACUUCGGCUGUUCUAGUGGUCGGGUCGGGAUGGCAUAAGAUGGUUUCUUCAUUACGCUCAUCCACCACUUGUCCCUUUAAUUUGUUUCUCAGCAAUGGAAACGGCUCAUCCACCAUCAUCACUAGCCAGUGUUUGAUCUUCUGGUAGGAUGUACGCAUGCGCCCCUCAUUGGGUUAUCGGAGCUUUCUGGAGUAAGUUGAAUGUGCGUUCUCCUCACUCGCAUCAAAACUGUUACGAUGGGGAAGCUCAGGAAAAACCACUUUGGAAUUUUAACGUUUUCGUUAUUUUUUACUUUUAUCUGCUGUGCGCAAAGCGCCAAAGAUCUGAGGGAUCCCAGUAAUAUGCCGCUGGUUAAAGACACGGUCGACAGACUGAUGAAAGGCUACGACAUUCGGUUGAGGCCAGAUUUUGGAGGUGCGCCGGUGGCAGUGGGGAUGAAUAUAGACAUAGCCAGCAUAGACAUGGUGUCUGAAGUCAAUAUGGACUACACGUUGACCAUGUACUUCCAGCAGGCCUGGCGGGACAAGCGUCUGUCCUACUCUGAGAUAGCCCUCAACCUGACGUUGGAUAACAGGGUAGCCGACUCGCUCUGGGUUCCCGACACCUACUUCCUCAACGAUAAAAAGUCCUUUGUCCACGGCGUCACGGUCAAGAACAGAAUGAUCCGACUGCAUCCGGACGGCACCGUUCUCUAUGGACUCCGGAUCACAACCACAGCAGCCUGUAUGAUGGAUCUGAGGCGGUAUCCUCUGGACGAACAGAACUGCACACUGGAGAUCGAGAGCUAUGGCUACACCACUGAUGACAUUGAGUUCUACUGGCGAGGGGGAGAUGGAGCUGUGUCUGGGGUGGAGAGAAUAGAGCUGCCUCAGUUCUCCAUCGUGGACUACAAGCUGGUCUCCAAGAACGUGGUCUUCUCUACAGGUUCCUACCCCCGUCUGUCUCUGAGCUUCAAGCUGAAGAGGAACAUCGGCUACUUUAUCCUCCAGACCUACAUGCCCUCUAUCCUGAUCACCAUCCUGUCUUGGGUCUCCUUCUGGAUCAACUAUGAUGCCUCCGCUGCCAGAGUGGCUCUGGGUAUCACCACGGUGUUGACCAUGACCACCAUCAACACCCAUCUGAGAGAGACGCUCCCUAAGAUCCCCUACGUCAAGGCCAUUGACAUGUACCUGAUGGGCUGCUUCGUGUUCGUCUUCCUGGCCCUGCUGGAGUACGCCUUCGUCAACUACAUCUUCUUCGGACGGGGGCCCCAGAGGCAGAAGAGGGCCGCCGAGAAACUAGCCGUCGUCAACAACGAGAAACUCCGACCCGACCCCAAUAAGUGGAUGGUGGGAAAUGUAGUUCAGAGAGAUGAUGCUCUGUAUGCCAGAAUGAAACAGAGGGAAAUUGACGCGUAUGACACGAUGUGGGAUCCCAUCUUUGUGGACGAUGCCGCAUUAGGACUAGGCGAGCAAAGAAAUAAGAUGACCGCCUCCCUGACUGAUGACAACAUCCUGUUUGGUUCCCUGGAGAUGAAGAACGAGAUGGGGGGUGUUCCUUCUGAGCUUUCCAGGUCCCUGGGCGCUGGGGGUCUGGGUGACCCCCGCAACACCAUGCUGGCCUACGACAGCUCCACGCUGCAGUACCGCAGGGCCGCCAUGGCCCGCCAGAACUACGGCGGCGGACCUCACAGCGCCCUGGAGCGCCACGCCACCCAGAAGAAGUCCCGCCUACGGAGACGGGCCUCGCAGCUCAAGGUCAACAUCCCUGACCUGGCUGAUGUGAACUCUAUCGACAAGUGGUCCAGGAUGAUCUUCCCUACCGUGUUCUCCUUCUUUAACGUGAUCUACUGGCUCUACUACGCUCACUAAGGAGAGAGAGAGAGAGAGAGAGAGAUACAGAGAGAGAGAGAGAGAGAGAGAGAGAGAGAGACAGAGAGAGAGAGAGAGAGAGAGAGAGAGAGAGAGACAGAGACAGAGAGAGAGAGAGAGAGAGAGAGAGAGAGAGAGAGAGAGAGAGACAGAGACAGAGAGAGAGAGAGAGAGAGACAGAGAGAGAGAGAGAGAGAGAGAGAGAGAGAGAGAGAGAGAGAGAGAGAGAGAGACAGAGAGACAGAGAGACAGAGAGAGAGAAAACAGCGCACCUUUUUUUUCUGAUUCAUUUUAAAGAAAUGUGUGAAAUAAAAUAAAAUAAUUUUGUAAGGAAGGAGCUACACCCAAACACUUCUUCUACACUCAGCUUCUAUCUGCCAUGACUUGUCUGAUCUGGGAAUAACCUCUAAUGACUGACCGACCCUUCAACAGAGGAGAGGAGAGAUUUUAAAAAGACAGACAGACAAACAUUGUGCCUGUUCCCGAAGAAAUGUCAAUACAUCACUCUAAUAUUUGUCAUUUGUAGCUUAACUCUCUGUGGAUCAAAUAUUUAUGCUUGUGUUUACUUUAAGGAUUUGUUUUGUUUUAGUAUGUGUGUUUCGUUCAUAGCCGAGCUAUCUGCAUCCCAUGAAAGCUUUUCUCAAGGAUUUUAAAUGGGGUUGAUCUUUGAUAGAUUAUUUUCCUAUAGUUAUUAUAUAUCAAAAACAUCCUUUUAAAAAGCAUGCUUCUGUUUCAUUUCUGCUGCAUCUUCAUCUUUAACGAUGGAGCACAAAGCAUUUUGUUUUUUAACUAGGUAAGGUUAGUUCUUCUGUGUAGCAGGAAGUGUUGCAGGCACCAUUCCUGCAGCACUCGUUUCACACCCAUAGCUUAGGCUGAGCUUGGGCUUCAUUUGGGGACCAACAACAACGGGCUACUGUAAGUGAUACUACUACCACAGCUGGUAGAUAGGGAGCACUCUUCUCUAUGGACAUUCCAAUGGGUCUUCAGUGCGGCCAUUUCUGUCCUGCCAUUUUGUGGGUUCGUGACCUUUAACCUAGAGGUCAUGACCCAUCAUCCAUUCUGGCCAUUGAAGUUCCCAUGAAGGUUUCAUAUGUAAAAGUAUAGUAAGACGGUGGAUCUUGAAGCUCUGACCUGCCAAGUGUUUUUGACCUGACUUUGUAGUACUUCUCAGAAUCUAGUAGUCCAUCACAUCAAACUGCCCUGGUUUAAGAGAGAGAGACAGUACUGUGUAACCCUUGCCUCUGCAUUGCCAGUGUGAGCGGCAUCAAGGGGAGAGAGGUUGGCUUUAUUUAUUUAUUACCCAGGGGGGGGCUUAUUUACAUUGCUGAUGGACAUCAAGAGAGCUAAGCCCAUCUUUCAUUGCAAUGAAAGUUGCUGCAUAAAUCUAGUUAAUCCAGAAUCAUAUCAAUAGAGUUUAUUGGUUCUAGAACUUUGACACGUUCCAUUGUGAUUAGGUUUUAUGUUUUGAUGAAUUGUAGAUAUAAGGUUUUAAAUAUCAUGUUGAAAAGGACAAGGUCCAUUUUUAUAAACUAAAUAUUCAUGAAAAACCAGAUGUAUAAAAGUUAUGAAUGAAUUAUAUUAUUUAAACGGGUCUGUUGUUAUUUUUUUUGUUGCAGUCUAACUAACUAACUAACUAACAGGUAAAAU